AUGUCGAUAAUGCUCAUUCGGAUAUAGAGAGCAUCUAGUGUCGUCUGCUUGAAGAAAAUCGUUGUGGAUUAUUAUUAUAUACAGAAAUACCAUUACUGUAAUAUGGUAAAACCGCGCCCUUGUGAUCAAUAGUGGAACUUAUGAACCAGAUGGAUACAAGUUUAUAUCUCAUUUAUUUAUAUAAUUAAGAUGGCAAUAUAAGAUAAAAGAAAAAGUUGAAAAAUUUGGAUUUGUUUUGUAGUUUUCUGCAAAAUUUUGAAAUCACUUAUUUCUCAUUAUGAGGGAUGCUAACGAACCCGUGCACGAUGAUUCACGGGUUGGAAUCACCUCAGAAGCACGUGCACAUCCGGGGCCAGGUGUUUUCAAAAGAAGUGCCUCUGAAAGGACGUUUUGUCACUUACAGCAAAUGGAAAAGAAUUAUUCAAAAUUAGGAGAUCGUUUCACUAAGAUAAAAGAAAAUUCCGGUAACAAUGGAAUGAUAAAGGUGGCAUCUUUAAGUUCAAUAGAUUUUAGUGAGAAUGGUGAACGUGACCUUGACAUGAACCACUUUGUAGGUCGGAGAGAUGUUUCCAACCCAACGACAAUAAAUGAGAAACGAAUUAUGAGCUCAAGGGGUAGUGUGAGGGGUUUUAAAAAUAGGGUUCGAGCAGGAAUAGCGACAUUUCUUGAUCAAAAUGGAUUUUCUAGGAAUUAUCGUCAAGAAGAGAAGGAGAAGAUAAUCGUGUAUACAACUAGCAUGACAGUUGUACGACAAACUGCGGAUAAGUGUAAAGCUGUGAGAAAUAUGUUACAAACUCAUAUGGUGCGAUACGAGGAAAGAGAUAUGUUUAUGAGUGCUGAAAAUCAAAAAGAACUUAAGGAAAGAUUAGGCUCAAGUGCAAUAUGUGUUCCACAGGUGUUCGUUGACGGUGUUCAUAUAGGGGACUAUGACGAAGUUGUAAAAUUAAACGACACCGGCGAAUUAAGAUGUAUGUUUAAGAACUUUAACAAAAUACAAGUUCGAUACUCCUGUGAUAAAUGUGGCGGCUACCGUUACCUUCCCUGCACGUUUUGCCACGGCUCGAAAAAGUCCCUGCACCGGAAUGAGUUCACGGAAGAGUUUUGUGCCUUACGUUGUAUGCAAUGUGACGAGAACGGAUUAAUGCGCUGUGAUGAGUGCAUCGAUCAGCAGGAAUAAACGAAAUGAUUUGAAAAUAAAAAGUAGUUCGGCAGACAAAAAAGUCAGGAUUGAUUACACCAACAUGUUCAAAAACUAAAACACGUUGACGGUUGUCAAACAAAAAAAACUCAAAGAGCAUUUGAGUUCAAAUUCUGAGGACUUGCAAAGUCGUCUUGACAUUUUGUCUGGAAUAAAUACAGUAUUUGGUAUAGUUAUGACACGAAGACGUAUAUUCAAAAAGAAUAACAAUUUAACUUCCAUUACCUGAUCGAAAAAGAAAAUCCAUACAAAAUUUCUGACAUCAUUUUUUAUAAAUUUGUACGAAGUUUUAAUUUGUAUUAGUUAAUUUAAACACAGACAAGUUCAAACAAAAGUGUUAAACGUAAAGAAAGCUCAAAUAAGUGCUAAACUUGGGGAGGGUAAAACUAUAAGUGUAAAACAUAACAUGGAAAAGGCCGGCGUUUAAUUCGAACAAAGUCGCAGAAAGACGUGGAAGGCCAAAAAUGUGUUAAUUAUGGAGGAAAACUUGCACUUAUUAACUACGGAGAAAGACAAAAUAAAGAGUUGUCUUCUCUAACAAUUCAUAUAUUUAUUAAAUGUUUUAGCUGUGAUAAAAAAAAGAUGCAUAGGCAGGCGCAUGCGCAUUUAGUAAUAGUAUUUUGUCAUGAUUCUAUAAUGUCUAAUGACUUCAGAAUACAUGUAUUUAGUUUAGAAGAUAAACACUUAUAUCUACUUGUAUCACAAUUAUUUUGACCUCCACAAAAAUGAACAAUUGUUUUCUUUUUUAUUUAUAAAUCCAGUCAUGUAAAUGGUCAUUUGAUUUGAAAUUAAAACACAGAUCUACUAGUAUAUCAUUUUGAAAAGCCUUGAUUAUUCUUGUUAAGUAGGGCACAUUGAUUAAAUUGUUAUGAUUUUUGUGCCUUUGAACAUACAUACAUACAUAAAUACAUUGUUGUGUGUAAGAUGAACCCAUCCACAAGUGUUCGCGCAUUGAUUGGUCCCCCUACCCUCCAAAUAUAUAAAUAUAGACAUGUAUGUAUCUUUUUUUCUUUCUUUUUUUGCGGGGAAUGAAGGAAAUUGAAACAAAAUCAUAUAUCAAAUAUUAAAACAUAUUCCAAUAAUGCACUUGACAUUGUUUCGGAGAGGUAGGAUGGAUUGUAGGGUGGGUAGCGGGGGAUAGUGACCAAUCAACGCGCCAAACACGUGAUAUCAUCGUUAGAAAAAAAUAUGUUAAUUGUUGCGCUAACUACGCAUUGAAUAUGCUCCUACUCAAUUUAUGUCAGGCGCGGAUCCAUGAUUCUAAAACAGAGGUGGUCGCAAAAUUUGAGGUAAUGCACCUUCCGAAGUGGGUGGGGGACAUUUUAGCAGUUUUCCAAGAAGAUCUAUAAGUAAAAAAUGUUUUUUUUUCACUGGUGUUUGCGUGAUUUUAGUUGCAAAAAAGUUAAUAUAUAAAUAUAAAAAAGUAAUAUAUAAAUUUAAAGAGGGGUUCCACGUACAAGCUAAAUUACAGGGGUGUGGGUGUGGCGGGGGUCAUAGACCCUUUAAGCCAUUCUCUGGAAUUGCGCGUUUAUUUUUUUCUUUGGUUAACAAGGCAUGGUUAAGAUGGACUAUGUUUAAAUCACUUUAGCUUUCUUCAUGAUGGCAGGCAACCCAAUCUGACUACCUUCACAUCUACUUAUGCGUAGCGUUAUUUAGGGGCUGAUUUUAUUGCAUCUUGUCGUUGCCAAUUGACAGAAUAUUAUGAUUUUGUUAAAUAUGUGAUUUAUAAUGAACUAUGGAAGAAUGUAAAAUGUUCCUCCAGUUUAAAAUGCGUUCAUUUGUGUUGCCCAUUUCUUCUUCACGAUACAAUCGUAUUAAACGUAUAGUCAUUGUCAAGGGAGACAAUCAGUAUAUGACUUACACAUUCCGAUUAUAGUAGUUGUCUUUUCUUGUAUAUGUUGUUGAUAAUUAUUGUGCAUAAAAUAUUUAAUAUUUAAAAUGUUUACAUGAAUGUUAUGUUUAGCUUUAAACCAUGUUACAUUUGAUGUUCAUUAUGUUUUAUCAGAGACAUAGAUAACUUUUGUUAUCUAUGUCUCUGGUUUUAUUAAAUCAUAAUAAAAUUUAAAACGUUG